UAGUAACGCUCUCGUGGGUCUUGUCAUUGAGUGCUGCUGAGCUGAGCUGAGCUGAAGAAGGAAAGAAAACUAGGAAAAGGAAGGAGAGACUCUGCAAGUCAAAAAAAUCUUUCUCCUUGUAUUUCAACUUUGCUUUGAAUUUUUUUUUUUGGGGGAUUAAAUUAGUAUAGAAGGUUUUCCUCGAAGUUCCGUCCAUCCGUCUCUCAAUUCAAGAAAUUUUCUUUCGAGCUGCUGCCAUUUCUUCUCGUUUUCGUUUUGUGCGGUAAUUUUUAGUUCGGGUAGUAGUAUGUUUCCACUAAUCAGCUUUGGAAUUUUCUUCGCUCUUUCUGUUUCUGGGAUUAUAUACAUUAGAUUUAUUUCCGGCGUGUUCCUAACGGCAUAAUGUAAUUUAUAUUUUAUUUUUUGAGAAAACUUUUCCUACUUUGUAGCAGGUUGCAGUUGGGAAUGGAAGGGGAGGAGCUUACAGAGCAGGAAACUGCUUUGUAUGAUCGCCAGAUUAGGGUUUGGGGUGCUGAUGCUCAAAGAAGGUUGACAAGAGCUGCUAUCCUCGUCUACGGAAUUAAUGGAGCUGUAGCUGAGUUCUGCAAGAACAUUGUCUUGGCCGGAGUUGGAAGUCUGACAUUGGUCGACGAUAGGGGAGUCACUGAAGAAGCUCUGUCUGCCAAUUUUUUGAUCCCUCCCGAUGAAACCCUUUAUGAGGGCAAGUCGCUGGCGGAGCUUUGCUCUGAUUCUUUGAAAGACUUCAAUCCCAUGGUUCGUGUUUCAGCCGAGAGAGCAGGUGAUAUAUCGGGCUUCAGUGGAGAUUUCUAUUCAAAGUUUGAUGUCGUUGUUGUUAGUUGUUGUACUCUCACUACUAAAAAACUGAUCAACGACAAAUGCCGAAGAUUGUCCAAGCGCGUGGCUUUUUACAGUGCAGAUUGUAGAUAUUCAAGUGGAGAAAUUUUUGUUGAUCUGCACAGCUAUAAAUACACAAAGAACAAACUCGAUGAAGCUAUUGAAUGUGAACUGCAGUAUCCAAGUUUUGAGCAGGAAGCUACCGCUGUUUCAUGGAGUAAACUACCUAGGAAAAUGUCAAAGCUCUAUUUUGCUAUGAGAGUUAUUGAAAAGUUUGAAGAGAAAGAAGGCCGUAGUCCAGGUGGAGUUUCAAUUACAGAUCUUCCCGCUGUUUUGAAGCUAAAAAAUGAGCUGUGUGAGGCUCAGUCACUUAAAGAAUCUCAAAUUCCCGAUGCUUUAUUAGAAAGACUAGUAUCAAGUCAGAUAGAAUUCCCGCCUGUUUGCGCCAUUCUAGGGGGGGUCCUUGGACAGGAGGUAAUCAAAGCAAUAUCAGGCAAAGGAGACCCACUGAAGAACUUUUUCUUGUUUGAUGCUUUUGACGGGAAAGGUGUAAUAGAGGACAUAUCGAGUCGUGAUGCUUGAAGCUCCUCACAGAUCACCGAAAUUCGAUCAAGGAACCCGGAACUGCUAAUUAUAGUGCUCUGAUUGUUUUAAUUGGUGACAUGGGAAUAGUUUCUCUUGGACCAUGAGUAAAGCUUAAGCAUGUUGUGAUGGCCUCUAUGGGAUCUGUACUUGUCAUGGAUGUUGUCGGGAUAUAUUUUACUGGGCUGAACCAAAUGGUCACCUGAGAUUGUAGUAGUGUCACAGAAAUGAUCUGCAGGUGCAUUUGAAUUAUAUGCUAUUGCGAGAUAGGUUGGCGCUUUUUAUUUUUA